GUCGUCUUCCAGUGGCGCACCGUCGUUGUACAAAAUUUCCGGCACCUCCAAGUCAAUUUCACUAAAUCCGCUGAACCUUACCAUUCGCUGAUUAACCAUCAUUGAUUCCUCUCUCUUGAAAAUCAUUUUCAAGCCUCAAUCCUUUAAAUUCUCAGAAAUAUACACAUGUGGACUUUCAUAAAUGUCAAUGUAGCAGCGAGCUCGCUUCUUUAAUUUUCAAUCUUGCACUCUUUUCUUGCAUGUUUUGGCAGUUCUUAUAUUAUUAGCUGCCAUGGACUUUUAUGCAACCAAUCCUGGACCUAUUGAUGAUUCUGUAUUGUAUGAUCAAGAAAAGCAUGUUUCAUCAGCCGUUUGGGAGGGUCAGGAGCGUGGUGCACUUAGAUGUCACGAACACACAUCGAAGCUUGAUCAAUGGACACUCACUUCGAAACAGAUUGAGUUAGUAAAUAAGGCAGGAUUCGGUUACUUACGACUAAUUCCGGCAAUCAGUCUGGACAACCCUCUCAUAUCUGCUCUUGUUGAGAGGUGGAGAAGAGAAACAAAUACUUUUCAUUUUACUGUUGGAGAAAUGUCGGUAACUCUGGAAGAUGUUGGUUACCUUCUUGGGCUCCCAAUUGAUGGUGAGCCUGUCAUCGGUGUAACUUACACUACAUGUGAUGCCGUAUGCAUGAGGUAUUUAGGUCGAACACCUGACUCUGGAUCAACAAGUGGUGGGAUGGUGAAACUUAGUUGGUUAAAAGAGACAUUUUCUCGAUGUCCUGAAGAUGCUCCAUUUGAUGAAAUCGAGCGCCAUACACGCGCUUACCUUCUAUAUCUUGUCGGUAGCACGGUUUUUUCAACCACUACUGGGAAUAAGGUCCCGGUUAUGUAUCUUCCGUUGUUUGAGAACUUUGAUCAGGCAGGGAGGUAUGCCUGGGGUGCAGCAGCAUUGUCAUUCUUAUAUAGAGCGCUUGGUAAUGCUUCUCUUAGAUCCCAAAGCACCAUUAGUGGCUGUUUGACCCUACUGCAGUGCUGGAGUUACUUUCGCCUGAAUAUUGGUCGACCGAGGCUUAAUCAUGAUCCAACCCAUGAUCGAUUUCCAUUUGUAUUUAGAUGGAAAGGGAAACAUACAGGUCCAACAACUAACCGGGAUGUAGCCUUUUACCGUAAAGCAUUGGACUCCUUGAAGCCCUCUGAAGUUGAGUGGUGUCCAUACAUGAAUAUUAAUUGCGCAAUUUUACCAGAAGAUAUAAGAGAUAAUCUUAUUCUUGGAAGAUCAAAUACAAUGUUGAUAUGCUUUGAUAAGGCUGAAAGGCACCUGCCAGAUCGUUGCUUAAGGCAAUUUGGCUUGCGACAACCUAUCCCCCUUGAUGUACAGCAAUGGGAAAGGAAGAGCCGUGGAGUGGAUGGUGGGGUAGACUUGUCUGGGAAAAUGGAAACGGAGCUAAGUGAAUGGUCAGACCGUCAUCUCCGUGUUGUCGAUGUUGAUGAAGAUGUUGAAGAAAGUGAAUACUUGCAUUGGUACUUGAAAAUCACUCGCAAGUUGGUUGGAAGACCGAUUCCCAUCUCCUCCGAGUUUCAAAGAAUGAAUGCUGCAUUGAGGGACAUAGCGAAUGUAGCAGACAUGGUGUCAACACACGGGAUGGAUGAUCAACAAAUGCAUGCAGUGACUAGAAUCCGGUAUCUUGCUCAUGAAUGCCUGAGAGACCAAAUUGGAAACACGAUGAUUGCAGACAUAACCGACUCCGAUCAAAAUGAAGUCGACAAAAAAAUAAGAGGCAAAGAACGGAUAAGAAGAAAAGGUAUGGGUAUUAAACGCAGGAGAAAAGACGAUUCAGAACAGUUCCAGUCAACAUCCAGUCAACAACAAUUCUGUAUUCCUACAUCUAUGGACAUGAUGGAUCAUAUCGAAAAUAAUGAAGUCGAGAUUUGCCUUCCGCCACCAGAUGAUUCCCAACUCUGUUAUAUCCCUGGAAAAGUGGAUGAAACCCACCGGAUUUCCGAUGCCGUCAAUGGGAUAGAUGAUUCCGGUUUUUGUCCAACGGUUGAGGAAGUUGAUGAUAAUUUGCUAUCUGGUGGUGCGGUUUCCGACCACGGCGGCAUGGUGUCGUCUCUUGAAAAUGGUGACAUGGCACAGCAGAAUGAUUAUAGUGUUUUGGUAUAGAGGAAAAGGUGACAAUUUGUUUUCUAUUUCUGAAGUUUACAGUUCUCAUUUGAUGUGUGAUAUGCAUCAUGUCAAAUACUGCUUUCUUCCCAAAAAGAGGCAUGGUAAUUGUUAUCCCUUUUUAGGUUAAAUUGAUAUGGAUUUUGUUUGGAAUCUUAUAGAAUCAUGUUUAUAAUGGUAGCAUUUGUUAUAAAAUUCGAGGAUA